GAGAUGGCACCAGUGUGGACAAAAGAACAGCCGGCCACGACAGAGGUCCAUAAGGUCGCAGAUGAGGUGAAAUCCGACGCGGAGAGUCACAUCCACGCCUUAGAGCAGAUAUUCGUCGCGAAAACGUACCGUGAGCAGGACCAGACCAUCAUGCUGGGGAAACUUCUGCUGAUCAAGGUCGAUAUUGGAAACCCCAACAACUUCGUCCACAUGGAGGUGUUCGUUCCCAGUAACAAGCUGCCAGUUCUGGUGGCGAUCCAGGAAAACUUCAGUAACUGCGCUCCGCUGGAACCCUUGGUCUGAGAAACGAGAGUUUCCUGACCGAUGCCAACCCCUCGCUGUGCUUGCGGCCCACCCCUCGGGAAUAUUCCCCUCCCUCCCCACGAAGCUCGUCACACGGGGUAGUUGGGACACCCUUCAGCUACCCACUGUUUAAUGC